AUGGCGCUUGGAUUCUUUCAGCAGUCAGGCUGCGCCUACCGCUUUGCUCGAGCAAGCACGCCGUCUGUCGUGGAGGUCACGCCCUUGGAGGGGGCCACCCUCGAGCACGAGGCACCGCUCGUCCGAAUCGUGGUGGCUGGCUGGGAUGGUGCCCACGGUUCGGACCUCGCCCAGGUCCGCACCUUGACAUGGAAGGACUCUAGGCUUCUCUGGAUUUCUGUGGCUCUGCCAGACCUUGACCUCCAGCUCCUGAAGCUUGUGAUGUGUGGCAGUGGCGAGGUCUUCUUCGGUUCCCAGGAGUGUGAAGUGAACUUCACCAAGCGCCUGGUUCAGCCCUGUGCGGCUCUCAAGUCGAGCUCAGCAGCGGGGUCCGUGAGUCCUGCGUGUUGCUCGGUGACUGCAGCUUUGCAGGCCCGGACUGCGGUUCAGGCCACUGUGCCGACACCUCAGAUGCUGAGCGCGAGGGCGGAGUUCAAAGGUGCACGGAAGGUGUGCAGAGUUUGCAGCGUUGCGGAGGGCAGGCAACAGCUCUUGGACUUGAAUCGUCAUGAGGUUUCGAACGUGCUAAAUGCAGACAUGGCAGAGGCUGCCAGGGACCCAGUCAGACUUCAGCGGCAGGCGGUGGCAGCAUCGUCGCAUGACGAGUCAGGUACGGCACUAGCAGGGUAG